AUGGAAGUCACCAAGAAGGUGGGGGACCCUGACCCCUUGGGCCCCCAGGGCCGCCCCUCCUCAGUCAGUAGCCAGCAGCUGGGGGGUGGCCUCCAAGGGUCCCGGGGACCAUGGACAAACUCGGGGUCCAUGUACCUUCGCCAGGGGUUCUCAUUAUCCACCGAGGUCAUCACUGAGGGGGUCUGCGGCCAAGCCUCCGAGGCCUGUGUCCCUGAGCCCAUUUGCCAGCUACUCCAGGGCCUGGCUGAAGUUAGUGCCCAGGGCGGCUGCGAGCAGGCCUCCCAGGAAGCCUUGGGAUUCUCCUCCGCCAGCCCGUUUCCAAGCCCUGUCACGCAUCUCCUCAUGGAGAACGGGACCCUGGCCCUACCCCUGAGCACAGGCACUGACAGCACCAGCGACACGGUCCAGCAUGGAUUCGGCUGCUCCUGGCUUCAGGAGCAGGGUGCGGGGCGGGGCAAGGCUCCAGCUAAGGUCCUCGUGGGCUGGGGCAAAGGCCCCUGCAGCACUGGCCAGCUAGCUCCCUUGGACAUUAGGAUGAGCCCGUGGCUUCCCUGUACCCUCCCAGGGGAGGACAGCUCAGCUACAGCCCAAGGUCCCCUUCUGACUGCAGCCCAAGAUCAGGGCCAGGGCAAGGGCCUGUGUCCGGCUCAAGCUCCUCCAACUCCAGCUCAGGCAAAUACUCCAGCUCCGGAGUCAACCGCGAUACCAGCAACAGCUGAACCUUACACCUGCCACCCCGACCGCCUGACUGGCAGCAUUGCCACUACCAGGGGCUUGUCCCAAGACCCCCUGCUCAGGAAGUGUGGCCACCAACUGUCAGUCCUCUUGGAGUCUUCCAGUGCGGUCACAUCUUGCCAGGACAAAGGGAACUUGGGUCCUCAGGAGAAGCUUCCCACCGCAGGACCCACUCAGAAAGAGUCCCCAGGCCUUGCCCAGGAGCUCCAGGCUGCCGGAAGGCAGACGUUACCCAGGCAGCCUGAGAAGCCAGCUGAGAAGCCUCCAGCCGGUACCUCCAGACCAGGCAGUCCAGCACCAGGCUCAGGAAGUCCAGACACCGAGUUCCCGAGGAGCCAGGAGACCUGCGGCUCCCAGGCAGACCAGCGGCCCCUCAAAAUCUGCAGCAACACUUGCUCCAGUGUAUCCCUCUCUGCCUGCCGAGUAGCCUGCCACAAGCAGUCCCCAGUCCAGCCUCCCAAAGAAGCCAUGCAGGCCCCCCUCUCCACUGCUCCUACCUGCCAGCUCCAGGGUGCCAUGGAAGACCAGGUGCUGGUGUUUGAUGCGGCCACGGGCAACACCAGGAUGGGGGAACUGUGCUACGACCUCAUGGGCUCACAAGCAGUACUGAUGGGCUUCAUGCCCAAACCCCCAGCUGUUUAUGGCCCUGAAACUAUGCCAUCCCCCUGGCCAUGGGCUGUGCCCAUGGCCCCGCCUGACAGCAAGCACCCCAGCUUCUGGCCCAUCUCAUCAGUGCUGUCUAGCCCCGUGCCCUCCAGCCUCUCUUCUGGCAGCUACCGAGAGGUGGCCCUGGUUCCCAAGGAGGCCAGGCUCAACCUGGGCUCCCUUGGUACUGAGACGCCCCUCAGACUGGGGGUGCUCAGCGGGCCCGUUCCGUUGGCGUUUGGUGAGGGGACAUUGAGCCGGGUCCACGAUCCUGGCUGCUCCAAACCUGAUGCUGAAAAAACUGAAUCUAGUCACACCCUCUGGAGGCUGGAUGCUUCUGGAAUGCAGGACACCCUUACGGUCCAGGCCAAGAAACUACAGUGGAUGAACUCAGAGCCAACCCCAGAGGCUGCUCCUUCGGCCACACCCCAGGAGGCACCCAGAUCCCUGCUCCCAGAGGAGAUGGGCUGCCACAGCUGGAAAGAGGUCCAUGCUGCUCACCCUGACAACCCUCCAGCUGAGGGUGCCGGGCAGGACCCGUCCGGCGGCUGGCCCCCACUAGCUGACCAGCACCCCCUCUCUGGGCAGCCCCCUCCAACUGGCCAGCCUGCCUCUGCUGAGCAGCCCGCCUCAACCAGGCAGCCCCCGCUUCCUGGCCAGCCCCCUCUCACUGGGCCCGUCCUUGCCAGGCAGCUUUCUUUCACUGGGCCAACCCCCUUUUCCCAAGACCUCUCUAUCUCCAAAGAGCUCAUCCUCCCAGGAGGCACGCCCACAACCAGGGAGGCUGGCCACGCCCCCGCCCUGUGCCGGGAAGGGGAGGCCUUGGGUCUGCCCAGCCAUGUGGGGGUGCUUCAGAUGCCCCCGGCCCCUGAAAAGACCUGUGACUAUGUGAGCAGAGAGAAGGCAGGUGUCGGGGCCGCUCCAGGCUCCAGUGCACAGCAGCGCGCAUCCUGGCCGCAGGGCAGCUCUCACAGCGCCCAGGAGGAGCAGCUCUCCCUGACCACGUCCACUGCGCCUGGCCCUGGCUGCAGGGUCUUGCCCAUGGCCACGGGGGGCCCUGAGCCCCAGGGUCCCCAGCUCAAGCUGACAGCUGAGGACAUUGCAGGUUCGUCAAUGGACACCAAACUUGGCCUCCUCCGUGGGGCCUACUGUGAUCUUGUGUCCUCCACAGAUUCUCUGCCAGUACAGUCCCCAGUGCUCUGCUGCCACUCCCUGGGACCCUACCAGGUCAUGGCAGCUGUAGUGAUUGACACAGGCACGGGCUUCACCAAAUGUGGACUGGCUAGAGAGGACCACAUCCUCAGUGUGGUACCCUCGUGUGUCCAGCUGCUGCAGCCGCCCGGCCAGCACCAGCCCAGGUCUGUGAUACCCGAGAACAGGGAGGGCUCCUCCUGCACGGUGCUGAAUCGAGGAGUGGUCUCCGACUGGGAUGCACUGGAGGUGCUGUGGCAGCACCUGUUCUAUUGCAGGCUGGGUGUGCAGCCGGAGGAGCUGGCUGUCCUUGUAGCCGACUCGCCCACCUCACCGCGCACCAACCGAGAAAAGGUCGCUGAAAUCCUCUUUGAGCAUUUCCAUGUGCCCGCCAUGCAGACAGCGCAUCAGGCCCUGCUGGCACUUUACGCUUACGGGCGCACCACAGGGCUGGUGCUGGGCAGUGGCCAUGGCACCUCUUAUGUGGCGCCCAUCCUCACUGGGGACCUGGCCCCACUUGACACCUACCGGCUAGAUGUGGCCGGUGCUGACCUCACUGAAUACCUGGCUCAGCUAUUGCUGGCGGGUGGCCACCCGCUACCUGAGAAAGGGCUAGUCAACCAGAUUAAAGAGGACUGCUGCUAUGUAACAUUGAAUCUGAAGGCUGAGACGGCUCGUGCUCAGGCCCGGGCCCAGGUGGACUUCGUGCUUCCAGAUAAGCAGGUCAUCACAUUGGGCUCGGAGCGCUUCUGCUGCCCUGAAGCCCUCUUCCAGCCCGAUCUGCUCGGCCUCAACCAGCCAGGCCUCCCACAGCUCGCUCUCCUAAGCAUCAGCCGGCUGGAGGCCAAGCAGCAGAGGCAGCUGCUGGCCAAUGUGGUGCUAGACGGUGGCAGCACCCUGUUGGGUGGCUUUCCCGAGCGCUUGAGAAGGGAGCUGGGCCCUGGCGCAACUGUGCUGGCCUCUCCCCACCGCGCAGUUGCCGCCUGGCUUGGAGGCUCCAUCAUGGCGUCCCGGGACUCCUUCCAAAACCUGUGGCUCAGCCGCCGUGAGUACGAGGAGGAGGGCCCGUGGGCCAUCUACAAGUACCAUCUGUGA